UGGACUGUGUGUGUGUGUGUGUGUGUGUGUGUAUGUGAGUGCGUGCGUGUGUGUGUGUGAGAGAGAGAGAGCGCAGGAGAAAGCCCUUUUCCCUGUUCAGUGGUCACGGAGAAAGUGUGGGGGAGGGAGAACCGCUAAGAAAGGGAACAAAAAGACAGCCCACCUCAAUUACUGCGGAGUCUCCGCCAACUCCGAGGAAUUUAUUGUGAAGAGCGAGCGCAUCUCGCCGAAGACUGAAUCGUCAAUUCACCGUUUCUGCUGCCCUAAGACCCGGUUUACGCUGACAGGAGUGUGUUCUUACCCUGAAGAGUGGAAACCUCCAGAAGAAGCUGGUAUAUCUGUUCUCCGUGUCAACAUGACGGGCAUCAGGAUGUGCCUCAGUAAUGUGUAGUAUCAGAGGUGGUGUUCAGCUGGGAAAAACACCACAGUGUCACUCACAGAUCUGCCAGCAGAGAGGGACCAUGCAGGACCGUAACUGACUGGAGCAGCAGGUUACCGGAUGAGGCUCCAGGACGUUCCUGACUCCACCCGGCUCUGAAUGUGCUCAUCGCUGUGGCUCCUUCAACAUUGAACAUCAACACUUUUCAUUCACUGGACGAAAAAAGGAAUACUGGAAACUAUCAGAGGAGGAUUUGCCAAGCCCUGAAUGUGCUCCUUGCUCAGGCAAAUAAAACAUUUGAAAAUCAAGUGAACCUUUUAUUCACUUCAUCAAAAGGAAUACCAGAAACUUUCAGAGAGGAGGAUUUUUCAAAAACCCCAGAGAGCUUCAGACCCAAACCCUGUGGUACCAGAGCCGCACCAUGUGUCACGUGAUUGUGACGUGUCGCUCCAUGCUCUGGACGCUGCUUAGCAUUGUGGUGGCGUUCGCCGAACUCAUCGCCUUCAUGAGUGCCGACUGGCUCCUGGGGGCGCCCCGGAACCCGGACCCCAUGGCGGGGGUCCCCGGGACGCCCGAGGCCUACAGGCCCACGCUGGGGCUCUACACGCGCUGCACCAAGGUGUCGGGGUACCGGCGGGGGCUGCAGUGCGGGCCCUAUGCGGCAGACUUCGGCGAGAUCGCCAGCGGGUUCUGGCAGGCCUCGGCCCUGUUCCUCUGCUCCGGCAUCCUGCUGCUGGGCGCCGUGGCCUUCGUCUCCGUCUUCACCGUCUGCUUCCAGAGCAUCAUGAAGAAGAGCAUCUUCAACGUGUGCGGUCUGCUGCAGGGCAUCGCAGGCCUGUUUCUGAUCCUGGGCCUGAUGCUGUACCCAGCCGGCUGGGGCUCGGACAAGGUGCUGAGCUACUGUGGGGCCGAUGCCUCCCCCUACAAGCUGGGGCUGUGCUCUCUGGGCUGGGCCUUCUACACCGCCAUCGGGGGAACUGUCCUCACCUUCAUCUGCGCUGUCUUCUCCGCCCAGGCCGAGAUCGCCACCUCCAGCGACAAGGUGCAGGAGGAGAUCGAAGAAGGGAAGAGUCUCAUCUGCCUGAUCUGAGCCAGGCCCGAGACCACCCAGGGAGGUCUCCCACCUCCUCUUGGGAACGAGACCUCCCAGGCCCAAGACUGCUAAAACUGAGGCCCAAGUUUACAGCUCUAGGCUUACUGAAAUAAAAGGCUCAAGUCUGACAUGAUGUUGCCUUGACAAGUCUCAGACCUCAGCCUUCUCCGGGAUUGAGACGUUAUCACCACUAAGACUUUCACCGUAACCAGCUUGCUUGUCAUUUGAAACUGGCGAGGCUUGCUUCUCAUGUAAAGCUUUUUCUACAGUAAUGCAGUCUAUAUCAUUAAUGUCCCAGAUUUACAGUGCCAGUGUAAGCUAACAUGACUCCAAAUGAAUUGUAAAUAACUUUGUAUAUACUGUAUAGAAUGUGAUAGAGAAGUGGAAUUAGUUUUUUUCUCCAGUCAUAAAAAGUUAACUUUGUAGAUGGGAAGUGUGUUGAUACUAGGCAGAGUAUUCUUCUUAGUCAUUCCAUCAGUUUAGGAUGAUUUGGGAGACACAGGUUCCUGGUUUACUCAAGACUAUGAUUCUGUGGAACACAUAAAAUAACAUAACUGGUGCCUUCUUCUCAGCAACAGAGCCUUAAAGCUAUUAGUGCUGAAGAACAUUGAUAAUGAUUCCCCAAAAUAUGUCUAAAUAGUCUUUACCUGCCAAUUGCACACCUUGCAGUUGCCAUAGCAAUAAAAGAACCUGUGCCAAUA